AUGCCAAACAAACACUACGACACGCUCAAUGAUCUCACGCUGGAGGUUACCAACACAACCUUUUUGAUUAACACGUUCGGCCCAUUCUUCUUGACGCAAGCACUCAUGCCGAACAUUCUCGCCGCGGACGAACCGAGACACAUUGCCGUGAUGUCGUCGCGCGUAGGAUCCAUAGCCGACAACAGCUCGGGGGGUGCUUACGCAUAUCGUGCAUCCAAGACGGCAGUGAACAGUAUUUUCAAGAACAUGGCCGUGGAGCUAAAGGAGAAGCAAGUGGUGGUGAGCAUGUUGCAUCCGGGAUUCACCAAGACCGGCUUGGAUCCUGAUAUUUGGAAGAUGGAGGAGGCCGUGGAGGCGGACGAGGCUGCGAGUAAACUGUGGCAGCUGUUGAAGAGUAAGGGCGUAGAUGAUACGGGGAAAUUCUGGCACAGAGAGGGCAUGGAACUGCCCUGGUGA